AUGGGUAUUCGCAAGUGCAUCGUACCGCAGUGCACGUCUACGUCGGCACGCGCGGAAGAUCGUGGCGUAACGUACCACAAAAUACCUUACCUGGAUGAUAUGCAGCGCCUCUGGAUUACUGCAUGCCAUCUGCCGGAUGACUAUAUCGCCACGAAAGCAUCGAACGUUUGCAGCCGGCAUUUCCGGAAAGCCGAUUUUCAGGAAUUCAAGGGCAAAAAGUAUGUGCUGAAGUUUGGUGUUGUUCCCACAAUUUUUGACUGGACCAUCGCGAAAUCAACGGGUGAUGAUGCUACUGCCGGCAAGAGUACGCCGAAAGCGUCGAAAGCAAAAGAUGACCCAGCAAAGGGACAGAAAGCGGAAAAACUUGAGGAAGAAGUACCACACGAAACAGGCGAUAAGGAUGAGAAUAUUGUGCUGAAAGAAGACUCCAAGGUAACGGCGCUGAUGAAAAAAGAACAAUCACAGAAGGUGGCUACAACAACGCCUGCUAAGAAAAAGUCACCAUCAUCAUCGAAGCGACCUAGCAGUAGUAAGAAGGCGCCCCCAACACCAGCAAAGCAAGCGCGCAUCGAACCGGUUGCAUCAUCCCACAAGAAACAAACACCGAAAAAAGCAGCAGCGGAAUCGAAGCAACCGGCUGCUAGCGAUAUGCAACUUCCUGCUUCCGAUGAACCCGAAUCGGGUGGUGGAGUAACGGAAAAAGUGAUCGAUUUCACGCCGGGAACGAAGAUUGAAGCACAAGAUUUUAGUGGCACAUGGCACGCGGUCAAGCUGCUCGAAGUCGACACGGAGGACCGCGAGGUAUUGGUGCAGUUCGACAAAACGGACAAAAUUAAGUCCACCACAUUGGAGGAAUGGAUAUCGAUGGAUAGCGUGCGGUUGCGCCCGAUUUCGAACACAAACUUUAGCGUAGGUGAGAAGGUGUUUGCUCGGUGGAGCGAUUCGCGGAAAUUUAAGGCCACCAUUAAAAGCAUAGUGGAGAACAAUAUGUACGAGGUGGUGUUUGAUGAUGGGUUUGCAAAGAUCUGCAAGUCGACGCACAUUAGUCGCAUCAAGCGGUCCGAGGAUGCUAAGGCGGAGCCGGCGGAAAAGGAGCAGGAUGGUGGUGGGAUUGCACCGGAUGCUACGAUAAAGACGGAACCGAUUGGACCGGGCGAGAGUGCUGACGCAACUGGUGUGAGUGGACUGUUGUCACUGAAUCAGCUUCGUAUUGCGCAGGUGGUGAAACUGAGCGAAUUGGCGGAAAUUCCACAAACCGGUGAAUGGUGUUGCCACUGGAUGAAUGAUUAUCCGGUAGGGGAACCGUCCGAGGUGGAUCUACCGGGCGGGAGAGUGUACACCGUGAUCGUGCCCGAUUGGCGCAUGCCGGAAGGAUGGAUAAAGCACAUCUUUCAGCGCAUAACAACGUACGGCAAGAUGGACGUACUGCUGGUUAGUCCCACUGGGAAGGUGCUUCGAUCGCGGCAGGAAGUAAAAACGUACUUGGAAGAAAUAGGCGAAAUGUACGAUUCGAAUAAGUAUGACUUCGGACUGCACAUGAAGCGUUCGAAACAAUUGGGAUUCAUUCACUACACCCAGGAGUACAAGGAUAGUUUCUUCCCAAAACCAUCACAAGAACCGUUGCUACUCAACACCGAGGUAAACAUUGGCUCGGUAAAGGUGAAGAUCAUUGACAAUUUGUUCCAGUGUCCGGAGCAGGAUUGUUUGAAAACGUUCCGAAAGGAGAACCAUCUUCAAAUACACAUCAAGCACUACCACAAAGAGCUAGCGAAGGGGUUGGGUGACAUUCCGAACAUGCAAGAUCUGGCGGCCCUUCGUACACCGAUCGAGUUGCUUGAAACACCAAAGCCAGUCAGUCGUAAAUCGCACGCUGCUUCUACCCCGAAAGCGACAGCACCACCGGUAGUCGUGAAGGUAGAAAAGAUGGAUGAGGAUGAGAUGGCUGCUCCACCGGAACCAGUGGUGGAAAGUACGGUUGUAGUUGACAACAAAUCAUCUAAGGAGGAUGGCUUGAAGUCUCCCAAACACAUAAAGCAGGAGAUUGAUAAUAAGCCAGCUACUGAUAAGAUCGAAGCGAAAGUACCUUUAGAGGUGGAACCGUCCGUUGCACAAGAAACGGUUGCCGAAGUUAGUACGCCUUCCGCGUCCACUUCAACCUCCGCUACCACCAAAUCGAAGCCACCAAGUAAAGUAACAAAAAUUAAGCUCUUCGCACAGAAAAAGACACCAGGGGACGUAAAGAAGAUCCGCCACGGAUUGGUAACGAAGAAGAAAUCGGCAAGAUCGAAGAAAUCGAAACGAUCGAGACCAGUGCGACGAUCGACGACAGCGGCCCCGAAUCGAUCCGCCCCAGUAGUGCGUGCGACCGAUACGAGCAUGGGUUCGUACUCGUUCGGCAACUACAGUGGUGCGUUCCACAAUGAGAUGAGCGGUGGAUUUUACGACGAAUCCAUUAACGCCAGUGUCGGUGGAUCUACAACCGGGAUGGUUGACGAGAACGGUGAGCUCAUUAAGAUCGUACGAAUGCGAAAGGAGGAAAUCAUCAACUGUCUGUGCAAGGUGACGGAGGAGGACGGGCUGAUGGUACAGUGUGAGAUGUGUCUCUGCUGGCAGCACGCCAUCUGUCAGAACAUUCGCAACAGUAGCGAGGUGCCGGACACGUACGUGUGUAGCAUCUGUCGCUAUCCUUAUAUGGGUCGCGCUUCCAAGCGCUACGCCCACGACCAGGAUUGGCUGUACGAAGGGAAGCUUCCGGUGGCAAAGUAUCAUGCGUCUAACUCGAAACACGUUCAGCGAUUCGAUAUACUGAAAAACUCGCACACACUGACGGGCAAUCUGCUCGAGCUGAAGCGCUUCAUGCACAGUUUGCAGAUGAAGAUCAACAUUGCGGAGAAGAAGGACCACCCAAAAAUGUACCUGUGGUCAAAGAAGUGGGAGAAAAGUCCACCACGCGGAGAUGGUAAUAGCAGUAUGGGGACGGCAGCCGACAAGCAGCAGCACGGUGACAGUGGAGAUCAGCAACAGAUGCCUCAGAUUCCGGUACCGGAAGCACCGAUCGACCCGGCCGAAUGUCAGGCCAUUCUGCUGGACCACAUCCAGAAGCAGCAGAACGAUGCGAUGGGACGAUUACAAGCGAUUGAAGCACAGAUAAUAGGACUGGAAGCUUACGAUGAAAAGGCGGACCUGUUGGAAUCUCCCACUGCAAAGAACUAUCCGAAAACGAAGCAAACAAUCCACAUGCUGUUGAAUGAUUUGCUGAAGAUGAAGAAGAUUGCCGAAAUUCAUUCGGAUUUGCAUAGUCUUACGCUGCAGUGA